GAUGUGGAUGCUCACAGACUCGCACUGAGUCGUUCAGACCUGCAGCCUCUCAGGAACGCACGGUCGAGCCACAAGAUGCACACUGUGUGCUGCCACAGCUUGGGAGGAGCUUCGGGAUUUCCCCCCCUCAAUGUCUCUCAACAGUCUCGAGUGAAGACGCGCAUGCAAGAGGAGAAAUAGUGGGGAAAAGGAGCCAGCAGGGCCUCGAUCCGGCAUCAAAAUGAGUCCCCAAGGCUCAUCCAACAACACAGAGGACGAAGGGGAAGCUGGUGAGAGCGACGCCUUGAUUCUGGUUAACGACAGCAUGGGUUUGCACACACCCGGUUUCCAAACUGACAUCACCAAGCACCCUGGGGUGCAGAUCCCGUUGAUCAUGGCGUACUCCCUCAUCAUUCUGCUGGGGCUGCUGGGCAACGCUCUCGUCAUCUACAUGAUCAUUCGCUACAGGACCAUGCGAACUGUGACCAACUUCUUCAUCGCCAACCUGGCCCUGGCCGACCUGUUAGUGGACACUCUGUGCUUGCCCUUCACUCUGGUCUACACUCUGUUAGACGACUGGAAGUUUGGGGCCGUGCUGUGCCACAUGGUGCCCUUUGCCCAGGCCCUGAGCGUGCACGUGUCCAUCCUUACGAUGACCGUCAUCGCCCUGGAGCGUUACCGCUGUAUCGUUUUCCACCUCGGCCGGCGCCUCACCUGGCACUCCAGCUUCCUCAUCAUGGGGAUCACCUGGACUACGUCUGCCGUCCUGGCAGCGCCCUUGGCCAUCUUCAGGGAGUACCGCAGGGAAGAGAUACCUUCCAUCAACCUGCACAUCACCGUCUGCUCGGAGAAGUGGCCCCACGAGACCAGCAAGGGCGGAGUCAUCUACAGCCUCUCAAUGCUGCUCCUGCAGUUCAUUAUUCCUUUAGCCAUCAUUAGCUACGCAUACAUCUGCAUCUGGGUCAAGCUGAAGAAUCACAUCAGCCCAUCCACCCGCAAAGACAGCAUCAACCGCCGCAAAAAGACCACCAAGAUGUUGGCGCUUGUAGUGGUGGUGUUUGCUUUCUGCUGGCUGCCGUUCCACGUGCUCCAGCUGGCCAGCGAUCUGGACCUGGCACUGCGGUUUAAGGAGUACAAAUUGAUAUACACGGUGUUCCAUAUCGUGGCGAUGUGUUCGACUUUUACCAACCCUCUCCUGUACGGGUGGAUGAAUAAAAACUACCGGAACGGCUUCCUCAUGGUCUUCCGCUGCGAGGAUAAGCCAGAUUCUUUCCACCCCGAGGCCUCAUUACGGACCCGCUCCAUACGAGGCCAGACUCUGAACGGUCGUAAUGGCGGGCACCCUCCCACCGCUGUAUGAGAUUAACGUAACUUUUUAAAGCCUGUAGGAUAAGAUUGAACACACUGAACACACCUCUGCUUUGUGGCGCAUGUGGUUCAGAAGCAGCUUUUUGACUUGAAUUAAUCUAUGUUUGUCACUGGAGAGGGCUCAAAGCUUUGUAUCUAAAUGGCGUUAUGUAAGGCUCUUGUUUACUUUGUGAAUGGUACUUGUGAAAAUACAUUUGUUGAACCUGUUCAGAUAUAUGUGGAAGAUGUUUGCUAAGGUGUUAAGUAACUUGGUACAAUGUAUAAUGUGUUCUGUCCGUUUCUCGUGUCCAAUUUAUAAUGCUCAGCUGCUUUGCCUUACCUGAGGCUAUUGAUGUGUUCAAACUCACUGAAGGGAAGAUGUCUAUGGAAGUAAAUCUGUGUCAUCGGGAUUUGAAACAAAAAAGACAUUGAAUUUCUAGCACUGAAUAUUUUUGCAUGGAAAUUAUGUAUUUGAAUGUUUUUCAACGUUUAAAAUUCAACCGCCAAAAAUUCAACCUCCAAAAUUUCAAGAUCAAAAAAUACAACCGCAAAAAAUUCAACUUCAAAAAUUCAACCUCAAAAAAUUCAACCUCAAAAAAUUCAACUGCAACAUCCGGGGAUCCAAGGAGGAGCAAUCGAUUCCAGAUUCAAAUCCCAAUGACACAGAUUUACUUCCAUAGAUGUCCACUAUGAGAACAAGUUUCAUUUUUCACACUUCCCUUUUUUUUGUCGGCUGCUCGAAACAUUUAUAUGACUGUUUUUGUAAUGAAUGAAUCCAACUGCUGCAUUUUGGAUUAGCUGCUGUGUAAUAUUUAAUCCUCAUCCAAGUCACCAGUGGCUGCCGCUGCUGAUUUUUCUCGCCAAUCAGGAAGGUAAUUGUGUUCACAUCCAGCUGCUCCUGAUCAGACAGACCAGCGGGGUUCCGGGUCCAGAUGAAUGGGAUUGGAAGCCGCUGAACCGAGAGCAACAAGUUCUUGAUGUAUUUAAUAGUGAGGGAGGCGGCUGCUUUGAGGGUAUUAAAAAAAAAAGAGAGGGGACUUGGAAGAAGAAGUGAAGUGAAAACCGUUUUUUUCUGAUAAAGUGUCCUUUGCUGUUGGUCUUUCAAUGACGGAAUGAGGUGAAGCUCUGUUUCGUGCCUCUAUGUGAAAUAAACAGACAUUCACUUCAAAUGAAGUCAGAUUGGGGCAUUAUGGUAUUUGAACAAAUAUGUGAACCACUUUCAGCCUGAUACUUACACUACUCAAAACUAAUGGGGGAGUUAAUGCAUGUGCUGCAGUGCAUGUAGCCUGCACACUGAAGGUAAUAAACACUAAAUAAGUGAUUAUGCAGAACAGUGACUUUAUGUAUUUCAAUUAAAUACGAAAUUUCCAUGUAACCUUUUAAGGCUCAAACUAAAUCGUCGUAUUUCAAAGUGUUUUCUAUCAUGUUAAGUUUGUGUGAAAAGAGUGAUUUAAUAAGUUCAAGUUAAACUCAAAUUUAUACAUUAAACCCGCUUUAACUUUCACUUUUCACACUUUUCACCCUCAAGUGAUUUGGUUUAUUACUCAACAUGAUGGAAAAAGACGUCAUUAAUUGCGACCCUUUACAUUGAAAUUACAUAAUAAAGGUACAUGGAAAUUGUAUUUUUAAUUAUAAAACAUAAAGAAACCAUUUUAGGCAGAAUUAUUUUUGUUGAGUGAAAAAGAAUGCGACUGCUGGAAAAUCCUAAAGAUUGUGUAAAUAGAACCAAUCAUAGCAUUUUUCUUUUGACACAAAGGGAAAAGUGAAACUUAUUCCUGCACAUACACUUUCACCCAACAUCCAAUAAAGCAUUUAGUG